CGGAUCCAGUGCACAGGCUUCCGCCGCUUCCGGACCGGCCGUGUUGUCUCAACAAGCAAAUUACCUUCCCACUCAAAGUCCGAGUGGCACUUAGUCACCAUGAGGUCACCCGGAUGUCCGUGUCCGCCGUCUCCCACAUAAUAUACGCUCUGUACAGCUGCAGUCGCGUCGCUCACAACGGCACACUGCGAUAUGGCCCUCUCCCCGAAGAAGAUGCAAUACGUGCGCCUCGGCAACUCCGGGCUCAAAGUCUCGAAGAUCAUCCUCGGGACGAUGCAGUACGGCAGUUCAGGCUGGGCUGACUGGGUCAUCGAUGACGAGGAGGAGGCCAUCCGGCAUAUCAAGUAUGCGUACGAUGCCGGUAUCCAGACGUUCGAUACAGCAAAUGUUUAUUCGAACGGUCUUUCCGAAGUCAUUCUUGGCAAAGCUAUCAAGAAAUUAAACCUUCCUCGCGAGGAGAUUGUUGUCAUGACCAAGGUCUUCAACCCAGUGUUGCCCCGGUACGACGCCAAGUUCGGUGGCGCGGGCGUAACUCGGGACGAUUUCAAGCUCGUUAACCAGAGCGGGCUCAGUCGCAAGCACAUCUUCGAUUCAAUCAAGGCCAGCUUGGAGCGCCUACAGCUUGACUACGUUGAUCUGUUUCAAUGCCAUCGCUUCGACUACAACACACCGAUUGAGGAGACGAUGCAAGCGCUGCACGACGUCGUGAAGGCGGGCUACGCCCGCUACAUUGGCAUGAGUUCUUGCUACGCGUACCAAUUCCAUGCCAUGCAGAACUACGCCGUCAACAACAACCUCACGCCCUUCAUUUCGAUGCAGAACCAGUACAGCCUGGUCUAUCGCGAGGAGGAGCGGGAGAUGUUCCCGACACUCAAGCUGUUUGGUGUGGGGUCAAUCCCAUGGUCUCCCCUCGCACGUGGGCUGCUCACCCGGCCGCUGACCGAGAAGUCGAAGCGUGGCGAUACCGACUGGUUCUUGCCACAAUACAAGGCUUCGGGUACAUCUGAUAUCGUUUCACACGUCGAGGAGAUCGCGAAGAAGAAAGGCGUUAGCAUGGCACAGAUCGCGAUGGCGUGGUGCAUGUCUAAGCCGGGUGUCACUGCGCCGAUUGUGGGCACGACGAGUCUCGACAAGCUGAAGGAUAUUCUCGGCGCACUCGAUGUGCAGUUGACGGAGGAAGAGAUCAAGUAUCUGGAGGAGCCGUACACAGCCCAACCAAUCAUCGGACAGCUCUAAGCAGUCUGCGUGGGACACGGAAAAAAGACCUAUGCUGUAUGAUAUAGUCGGCGACUGUAACAUUGUAAGUUUUAGCAUUGUCCAAUGGGAUUGUCAACGAGAUAGCACAUCA